AUGGACACUGCUCCAGGACUCUUUGAGGCCUCCUCUUCUACCUCUGCACUACCCUACGACGACACAGUACCAUACGAAGACCAAGUAUCCGCUGCUCCAGAUGUCCUCGAGCCCAGCGACUCCGGCCGGUCUCUUGCCGACCGUAUUGGCACUACCAAGGUCUACCUGCUCUCCGAUGCGUCCAAAUCGCGGGUCGGAAAGCGUAAACACGGAGCCUCAGACGAUGAAGAAUCGGGAAACGAUGUAGACAUGGCCGAACUAGAACACUCGGCUAUACGGGACAAUGCAAUCCUCUUGCACGGCAGCCCAAUCUCUCACCUGCCCACCUCCAACAUCUUUGCAUACGCGACAAACUUCGAUGCGCACCCGCUCGGGCUCGAAUGGAUCGAUGACACAACAUGUGUACUGGUCUUCGAGUCAAAGAGCGCCGCUCGCUCCGCCUUCCGCACCCUGCAGAAGUCCGUGGCGGAGGAACCCUCUCUAGACGACGGUUCUAUCACCGCAAAGCCGAUCCCCGUCACCAUAUGGCCCGCGGAGUAUCGCAUAAGCGCGACGCUCGGGAAAGGCGACGGCCUCAAGGGCAUCUUGCGCAUGCGGUGGGCAAAGGUGGAGGACGUGAAGAAGAAGGGCGCGCGGGACCAGAGCCAGUUUUACAAGAAGUACGGACAGGAGGCGGGAAAGAGCUUGGAAGAGGGUCCACGGCCGGCAAAGAGACGCCGCGGCCCCCUGGAGUCCGAUGCUCUGAAGAAGGCGAUCCUAGACGAGGAGCUGGACCGAUUCCUCGCCUCAGACGAAGAAGCACAACGACCAACCACCCCACCCUCACGGAUGCGCUCCGACUUCAUUGGAGAUCGCGGAAAGACGCUCCUCGAACGAACGGAGGGAGGGCUAGCCUCGAGGUUGAUCGCACCUCUUCCCCGGCGGGGACGCUCGCAGCGAGACGGGGAUCACCGGUCUUGGGACAGAGGGAAGGAGGUCGAGGGUUACGAGGAAACCUUCGAGCCACGAUCGCGACGCGGUCCAAGACGUGAGGAAGGGAGGCGUUCGAGGAGGGAGCCCCGCGCGAGGGCUACUCAAGCGGACUUGGAUGCAGAGCUGGAUGCUUUCUUGAACGAGAAGCUGUAACUAUUACACGCACUGUGGUGAUUAUGCCUGGAUGCUCUAUGUACUGUAAGAUGGUCUGUACUGUAUUCCCCACUCAGAUGCUUCAUAAACCCCGAGGGUUUAUUUCUUGUAUCCACGACGCACCUGAGAAUGAGUUUAACGUCCGAGCUCAUAGGUAAGGCUGCAAACAUACAAGCACGUAUGACGUAACGGCUCAGGUUAUCUACUUCGGCGCAAUGGUUUUGAGUUGUAGACCAUGAAUGCCCUGGAUCUCUUCCUUGAGGGUCUGGUUCACGAGCCGCUGUUGUUUGACCAGAGGCAAGCCCUUGAACUCCUCGCUGGCUAUGAUGAUCUGGUAGAACGUCCCGCAACCUCCGGAGACAUCCUCCACCACCAGCUCGGAGGGCUUGAACUUCUCCGUCAGCUUCUCGUGUAUAACGCGCUCCCCGUCCGUCGAGAACUUCGUCUGGGCGGACGAGUACCACCGCGCCACCGCAGGAAGGCGCACAGCCAAUUGCGGCCGCGCUAUUCGUCGAGUCAGAGCGAGAGCGAGCAUCUGGAACGCAGCUGG